UGAAACACGAAGCUGAGAGGAUCAACAACAUAAAUAUACUCGUUUGCACACCGGGUCGGCUUCUUCAACACAUGGAUGAAACGAUAUGUUUUCAUGCUACCAAUCUCCAAAUGUUAGUUCUUGAUGAAGCAGAUAGAAUCUUGGAUAUGGGCUUUGCUGAUACCAUGAAUGCUAUUAUUGAAAAUCGUCCCAAGAAACGUCAGACUUUACUUUUCUCAGCAACACAAACCAAAUCUGUAAAGGACCUUGCACGCUUGAGUUUGAAAAACCCUGAGUAUGUCUGGGUUCAUGAGAAAGCAAAAUAUAGCACCCCUGCCAUUUUGGAACAGAAUUACAUAGUUUGUGAGCUGCAGCAAAAAAAUAAGUGUGCUAUAUUCCUUCUUGAGAAGCCAUCUGAAAAGGAAGAGUAUUGUAUUUUUCUCCAGUUGCAAAGAGGUUCAAUAUCUAUACCGAGUGUUCUGCCGGCUACGUCCUGGUAUUUCUAUCCUUGCCCUCCAUGGUCGACAGCAGCAGAUGAGAAGAAUGGAAGUCUAUAACGAAUUUGUCCGUAAGAGAGCUGCAGUGCUCUUUGCUACUGAUAUUGCAGCCAGGGGUCUGGGU